GUAAUCCCGGCGGCCGGCGGUUCACUAUUAAUUUAUUAAUUAAAAGUUUAAUAUUAUUCGAAAAAAAUGUUUUGUGAUCUGAUUUUACCUUUAUUCAUUCCUGCGGGCCUAGUGUUAUUUUUUAGGUUAUUAAAUAAACCUUACAAGCCGGCGAUAUUUGGUGUUUACCAACAAAAAGACAAGUUCUUUUGGAUAAAAUAUAUUUUUAUGUACUUAGUUUUAUCCUUUAGACAGCUAAUAAAUCACAUAAGCCGUAUAUUAGCCGUUGAGGCCGGCAAAAGUAGUGAUGGAGUACAACAUGUCCAUAAGCAAGAUGAAGUGUUGGAAAAUAAGUAUUAUCUAGGCGAUAAUGCACAGGCUAUCGACGCGGUGUAUUUGAAUGGUUGCAACAAGGAGGGUGAUGCUGUUAUUUGCGGUAUUGCGAGAAGACCGAAGCAUGUUGUUGAUGCUUUCCUGUUCUUAAAGGUCAAAGGAGAAGACCUUCUUUUAUCCCCUGUGUUGCCAGACACAUAUCAAGAACAAGUGACGAUCGAAGAGGGUUACUACAGGAUAAAGGGAUUAGAAAUUGUCAAUUUUAUUCCUAUGCGUACAUGGAAACUAAUUUACAAUGGCGAUAUGAAACUUAGAAACAAAACCGAGAAGACAGUAAAGGUGUCAUUGGAACUAACAUGGAGCGCUGUCUUUUCUCAUUUCAACUACGACACACAGAUGUCGCCAAAAUCGAUGGCUCGAGACAUGGCCAAGGAAAAAUGGUCGAGAGGCUACUUCAAAUUACUUAAAAAGUUCCAUCAAACACAUUACGAACAAAUGGGAGCUCUAGAGGGGACUGUCACAAUUGAUGGAAAAGACCACACCAUCAACAUACCAUGUGUGAGGGACCAUAGUUUUGGACCUUUCAGAGACUGGAGGACUUUCCACCGCUACGUGUACCACUUCAUCUUCUUGGAAAACGGGGACUGCAUGGCCAUUGGCUCAGUGUGUCAGCCAGCUGUUUUAUCACAUCUAACUAUCGGCUACCUCUGUCGUCAGUCAGAUCAAUCCGUUCUCCCGGUAGAGUUCUGUGACUUCCAAUUAUACCAACAUGGAGAACAUCAAAUAUUACCCAAAGACUAUGGGUUCUGCUUUGAAGCUGGUGGCAAAACUUAUGCAGUUCGAGUCCAAGUAGACGAUGAAGAGACAUUCUUUAUUGGCAAGUCGAGGGAAGCCAAGUUUUACGAGAGAUGGUGUAGUGUUGAAAUAAAUGGGGUCAAGGGAUCUGCGUGUGUCGAGUGGCAGUAUAACAAUGUCCAGGCGAAAAGUUAAAAGAAAAAAACCUUCGAAGUAUUUUAUAUUUUU